AUGCCCUCAUUACGAAACAUCCUCCACAAACGCGACGAGCUUACUGACAAUCCAGCACCGGCCGUCGUUGCACCCUCAACCCCAGAAUUCAAAUUAAUCCGCACAGACACACACACCCAAGAGAUCCUCACUCCACCUUCAGAUCCAACCGACACAGCACAUCUAUCAUCACCAACCCAAGAAACACGACCCUCCUUCUCCCCGCGCCGCAGCUUCCAACUCUUCAACCGCACCUCAAGAGCAGACUCCGCAUCCUCUCAGUCCCCGCCGCGCCGCGAACGUAGCCUUUCAAAGAUCUUCCACCUCGACUCCCGCAGUCGCAGUAACUCGCGCGAUUCCUCCGCCAACAUCCCCGCAGACCUACCGCAGAUCGACGAUGACCGAGGGGCCACUCAACAAGAGCGCGAGGCGCUGUGGGAAAAGAGGGCAACGGUGCUGGUUCAGCAGAAUCCGCAGUUCGCACACCCGGGUUCUUAUUCGCCCGGGCAGGUUGAGGAGUCGCUAGGUCUUGGGUUGGGGGUGCAAGCUAGGGCGAGGAGCUCCAGCCAGAGUUGUGUUGUGGACCCGAAUACAGAUAUCAAUAUCCAAGAGGCGAUUCGAUUGCAUGAAUCUGGUGAUCUUGAACGAUCCACGCAUAUGUUCGGACAACUUGCAGAUCCUAAUGGGCCAAAUAACCCACUAAGUCAAGUGCUAUAUGGUCUGGCGUUACGACACGGAUGGGGUUGCCCUCAAGACCCAGCGCGCGCAGUGACGUACUUGUCUGCCGCAGCGUCCAACUCGGCCGCUGUAGAAGCCGAAGCGCUGCGGGCUGGAGUCAAAAAAGGUGGAUCUGCGAAAGGUGAGCUCGUUCUAGCUAUGUUUGAGCUUGCCAAUUGUUUUCGAAAUGGAUGGGGUCUGGCGAAAGACCCUGCUGCUGCAAGACAGUAUUAUGAGACUGCAGCGAACCUGGGUGACACCGAUGCCAUGAACGAGGUGGGUUGGUGUUACCUCGAGGGAUUCGGCGGGAAGAAAGACAAGUUCAAAGCAGCCAAGUACUACAGACUUGCAGAGGAAAAUGGAUGUCCUACGCUUGGAAAUUCAUGGAUCUGGAAGGACAAGUAUAAUCCUAAAUGA